UCGGGAGGGGGAAGCUUAAUGUUGCACACUGCGCUAGAAAAGGCAUGAGUUCGUUUACAUGCUGAAAAGUACUGACUGCUAUACUGUCGAAGUCUUCUAAAUGUUGCUUUUAAACGUGGUUUUCUGAAACCGGAUCAACGUUUGACAAGCUGUGAACCUUGUUUUCUUGUGUAAUUCUUUUGGCGAUCCGUCCUGUGCAACCCGCAUGACGAAGACACAUGAGGAAUCGGGGUCAGGCUUCCACUGGACGCGCAGUGACAACUCCUUCAGCUUCAGCUUCGUUCCUGAAGGAACCUCUCCGGUGUCCCACACCGCAGCUCCUGCCUCGGAGACGCCGCCACAGGCGUCAGGAUUCGCCUUCAACUUUCAGAUCCCCGCGGGAUCUGCAUCUACCACCAUGGAGGUCGCACCGACCUCUGUCUUGAACACUGAGGAUGCGUCUCAAAGCACAGGCCCACCACCUUCAUCUAAUCCCAAGAAAAAGAAGAAUAAUAAGAAGAAAGGGUCUGGUGCAGGAGGAGGCGAGUGUGAAAAAACAGCUGGACCUCUUCCGGAGUCUCAACAGGAGAACUCUGAGUUGACACCAGAGCAACAGCUGAAUCGGGAGUUGGACUGGUGUAUAGAGCAGCUGGAGUUAGGCCUAAGGACACGGAAAACCACUCCAAAGCAGACCGAGGAGGCCGUUCGGGCUCUGAAGACCCUGCGCAAUCCCAAAGCUCCAUUGGUCAAAAAGAGGCAGUUGAUGCGUGCCGUUGCCGGGGACUACCGCAGCAAGAUGGAGCAGGAGAGAGACAAGCAGUUCAAGCUGAUUCAGUCCUCAGUCAGCUCAGCGUGGGUAAAGACUGUGGCUGAGCCAGCCCCGAAGUCCGUCUUCCACCGAAAAACCACCCCCAAAGCUGCACAAGCGCACACAUCCACACAGAAAACCCCUGCAGCACAGACGCAGCCAACGCUACCUUCAGACAGCACAGACACCUUCAGCUUCAACGUCCUUCCUGAAGGAAGCUUUCCACCGCCCCACACAGCAGCUCCCGCCCUGGUGACGCAGCCACAGGCGUCAGGAUUCGCCUUCAACUUUCAGAUCCCCGCGGGAUCUGCAUCUACCACCACGAAGGUCGCACCAACUUCUGUCUCGAAUAGUGAGGAUGCGUCUCAAAGCACAGGCCCACCACCAUCAUCAUCUUCAUCCAAUCCCAAGAAUAAGAAGAAGAAGAAAGGGUCAGGAGGAGGCUCAGCCAACACUGAAACAAAAUAGCUGGACCUCCUCCAGAGCCUCAAUAGGACAGCUCUGAGUUGGUAGGAGGUUACAGCUGAGUGGUUGUUUGAGCUGUUGUUUAAGACCCUGCGCAGUCCCCCGGCUCCACUGGUCAAGAGGAGGCAGGUGGUGUGUAAUGCGGCAGGCUACACUGCCUUCAGACAGCCAGACUCAAGAUUCACAGGGGUUUGUUUUUAAGCCCUCUCAAGAAAAUGCUUUAACUUUAGCUUCCUGUCUUCAAUUAUAGGUGGCUGGACCAUAGUUGAAUUCUAUGGCCAGAACCAUUGUAAACAUUGUCUGUUGGGCAAUAAAUAAAAUGGAAUUUAGAUGGUUGUGAAAACAGGGAAGGCGUUGCUAUGGAGAUGGAAUGUCUUUCCUAGAGUUCUGAACACAACCAUUGUGACUUUUUUUUUUCUUGUUUUGUGUGUGAAUGAAUACUCAAACACUUGCAUGUGGACUGAGCCUUUUAUUUUUGCGAAAAACAAUUGUGUAUGAAGAAUAAACAUAAAUAUCAUGGUGAUAAUGAAUAA